AUGCCUAUCUCCAAGAUCCACGCCCGCUCUGUCUACGACUCUCGUGGAAACCCCACUGUUGAGGUGGACGUUGUCACUGAGACUGGUCUUCACCGCGCCAUUGUUCCUUCUGGAGCCUCUACCGGUCAGCACGAGGCUCACGAGCUCCGUGAUGGCGACAAGUCUAAGUGGCUCGGAAAGGGUGUCCUGACUGCCGUUAAGAACGUCAACGAAGUCAUCGCUCCUGCCGUCAUCAAGGAGAACAUCGACGUCAAGGAGCAGUCCAAGGUUGACGCGUUCCUCAACCAGCUCGACGGAACUGCCAACAAGAAGAACCUUGGUGCCAACGCCAUCCUCGGUGUCAGUUUGGCCAUUGCCAAGGCUGGUGCUGCUGAGAAGGGUGUCCCUCUUUAUGCUCACAUCUCCGACUUGGCUGGAACCAAGAAGCCCUACGUCCUCCCCGUUCCUUUCCAGAACGUCCUGAACGGUGGUUCCCACGCUGGUGGCCGCCUGGCCUUCCAGGAAUUCAUGAUUGUUCCCGACACUGCUUCCUCGUUCUCUGAGGGUCUCCGCCAGGGUGCUGAAGUCUACCACAAGCUCAAGGCUCUGGCCAAGAAGAAGUAUGGCCAGUCCGCCGGUAAUGUCGGUGACGAGGGUGGUGUUGCUCCCGAUAUCCAGACCGCAGAGGAGGCUCUUGACCUCAUCACCGAGGCCAUUGAGCAGGCUGGCUACACCGGCAAGAUCCACAUCGCCAUGGAUGUUGCCUCUAGCGAGUUCUACAAGGCCGAGGAGAAGAAGUACGACCUGGACUUCAAGAACCCCGACAGCGACCCCUCCAAGUGGCUCACCUACGAGCAACUUGCCGACCUCUACAAGUCCCUCGCCUCCAAGUACCCCAUUGUCAGUAUCGAGGACCCCUUCGCUGAGGAUGACUGGGAGGCCUGGAGCUACUUCUACAAGACCUCCGACUUCCAGAUCGUUGGUGAUGACUUGACUGUCACCAACCCCCUCCGCAUCAAGAAGGCCAUCGAGCUCAAGUCAUGCAACGCGCUCCUCCUUAAGGUCAACCAGAUCGGUACUCUCACCGAGUCCAUCCAGGCCGCUAAGGACUCCUAUGCCGACAACUGGGGUGUCAUGGUGUCCCACCGCUCCGGUGAGACCGAGGACGUCACCAUUGCCGAUAUCUCCGUGGGUCUGCGCUCCGGACAGAUCAAGACUGGUGCUCCCGCCCGGUCUGAGCGUCUGGCCAAGCUUAACCAGAUCCUUCGCAUUGAGGAGGAGCUUGGCGAGAACGCCAUCUACGCUGGCGAGAAGUUCCGCAACUCCGUCAACCUGUAA